AUGGCUAUUAAGUCUUAUCUUCAGUGGGCUGCGGUUCUCGCGGCGUCAGCCCAGCUUGGUGCUGCCCAAACUUAUACCAGCUGCAACCCGCUAAAGAAAACCUGCCCAGCCGACACCGGUCUGGAUCAGUACCGACUCAACACUGAUUUUACCACCGGUUCAUCUGCCUUCAACCACUGGAAUACCACCGGCGGCACCGUGGAGAGCACCUCUCUCGGAGCCAAGUUCACCAUCGCUGAGGAGGGUGAUGCCCCAACCAUCGAGAGCGAUUUCUAUAUCUUCUUCGGCUAUGUGGAGAUUAAGAUGAGAGCGGCCAAUGGUACGGGCAUCAUCAGCACGGCGGUGAUGGAGUCUGAUGACCUUGACGAGAUCGAUUGGGUAUGUUCCUCGAUCGAGACCGACUACUUCGGCAAAGGCAACACGACCAGCUACGACCGCGACACAACUGUUAGCGUCUCCAGCCCCGAGGAAACCUUCCACACGUACGCCGUGGACUGGACGUCGAGCAAGAUCGAGUGGCUCCUAGACGGCAAGGUGGUGCGCACGCUGGACUACGCCGCCGCAGUGGACGGCACAAACUUCCCGCAGACGCCGAUGCGCAUCAAGAUCGGCAUCUGGGCCGGCGGCGACCCAAAUAACGCCAAGGGCACCAUCGAGUGGGCUGGUGGAGAGACGGACUAUACCAACGGACCGUUCACCAUGUACGUUGAGUCUGUCAACAUCAUCAACUACAACCCAGCGCAGUCGUACAAGUACACCGACAAGACGGGCUCGUACACCAGCAUCAAGACGUCGAAUGGCACUACCUCCACCAACUUGAUUGCCUCGUCAUCGUCGUCCAACUCCACGGCCAGGUCUUCAGCUCUCGCGUCAGCGAAGGUGUCUAGCUCUGCUGCUGCUGCUAGCGCUAGUGCUUCCGCCUCUUCCUCAAGUGCUACGUCCACUUCGGCCGCAGCUUACUUCUCUCCUCUGCUUGGUAUCGUUCUGGCCGCUUUUUUAGCUGGUAUGGUUCAUGUGUAA